UCGGGGAGAUCGUUUGGAUCGCUAAAGUAGUCGGUUCUGGUGCGCUGGUUUAUCCUACGUCGAGUAUUCAAUAUUCGAUCAAUGUCGAAGGCUAAAAUAAAGUUUCUAAAGCGACUCGAUAAAAAACUUUUGUGUCCACUGUGCCAAAGUGUCUUCAAGCAACCCUGGCAGACAUCGUGUGGACAUCAAUUCUGUUUUGAAUGCCUCCAGGCUCUUCUCAGAGCUGCUUCUCCAACAUGUCCGAUAGACGGCAGCACGAUUGCAAGAGAUUCAUCGUUUCAUGAUAAAUGCUGCGAGCGGGAAGUAUUAGAUCUUCCAUGUUUCUGCCAGUAUGAAGCCAGAGGAUGUAACUGGCGAGGGGAGCUACGACAUGUACAGGCACAUGGAGAAAGCUGUGAGUACACCGAUGUGGUGUGCAGAGAAUGCAAAAGCUUAAUGGAGAGAAGACUUCUUGAGCAUCAUAAGGUUAAUAAAUGUAUCAACCGAAGAAGCCAAUGUAUUUAUUGUGGAGCGGAAGUACGAGACAGUGCUUUGAAGGAUCAUUUCAAAACAUGUACAAAGUUUCCGAUCAAUUGCAUUUUAAGCUGUGGAAAGGAAGCCAUUCCUCGUGAUCUUAUAAAAGACCAUAUGACUGUCGAAUGCCCCAAUAGUGUGGUCCCAUGUCAUUUCACGCUUUACGGAUGUAAAUUCAAGGGAAAGAGAGACGAACUUCAGAGACACGUGGAAGCUAGUAUAAAGAGCCACUUAGACUUGUUAAACCAAUCAAGUUAUGAGCUUAAAGUGAGAGGCCAAGAAAUGGAGGAAGGACUAGCUCGCCUGCAGAGCAAGCUGAGUGGUUGUGGAAAACAAAUUUGCCGUCAAAAUGAGCAGCUUGCAGCGUCAAAUACUAGCAUAAAAAUGCAGCAGACUAAAAUAUCCAAAGCUGAAAGGGAGAUUUGCGAACAGAGAGAGGAUCUGGACAAGCUUCUUCGAGAUUCGAAAUUGGUUGAAAACACUCAAGGAUUUGUUGUCUCUCUUCAGAUGGACGAGAUUUUAGAAACUUUAAGGGAAAAUGAAACAAAGGCGACUCAAUUAAAAAGUGAGCUAAGUCGUCUGAGCAGCAAGAUACCAAAUCCUUAUGAGCCACGAAGAGUCCACGACCUCGCCACAGACCAUCGAUUAGAAAGGGCUGAGAACCAACUUUCCUCACACGAAACUCAACUAUCUGAGAACAGCCUCCAAAUUGAAAGGCUUGAGACCACAUCCUAUGAUGGGUUUUACAUUUGGAAAAUAGACCACUACAGUCGAAAAUAUCAAGACGCUUUAUCUGAAAGGACAGCAUCGAUCUACAGUCCUCCUUUCUACGUCGGUCGCUUUGGCUACAAAGUUUCUGUCCGACUCGACCCAAAUGGAGAUGGCAUAGGAAAAGGGACUCAUAUAUCACUUUUUUUCGUUGUCAUGAGGGGUGAAUAUGACGCCAUUUUACCCUGGCCUUUCGUAAAAAAGGUUCACUUCAGACUGGUGGACCAGGAUAGAAUUCGAGACAUUGUUGAGAUAUAUCAUCCCGAUCCAAAUAGCAGUAGUACGAAGAGACCCACCUCAGAUAUGAACAUUGCAUCGGGCUCUCCCACAUUCGUUUCUCAAGUAGAGGUCCGUAAGGGUGGUUAUAUUCGGGGCGAUACCAUGUUUAUUAAAGUGACUGUCGAUAUGGCGAAUCCUCAUGGAGAGCUGGCGAGGUGAACACGAAAAUCGAUCUCACAAAAAAAAAUGGCAGAUAUCUGCGAUAUUCAUAAAAGGACAAUAAGCAAGCUUGUUAUAACUAAAUGAAAAUAGAACUGAAUGAAAAUAUAAAACAAACAAAAUAGACCCUGUAAAAUUAGCUAAGAAUGAUAAAACUUUGCGAUCUGGCGAACAACCAGUCUACCCGAUUGUCUUCGUCAGUCGAUUGAUUGCGUACUACCAAUCCUAAUAAUUAAUAUCCCAAUAGGUAAGGAGUUUUCCCUUAACAGCUAUUAUACUAUGAGUGUAGUUGGUUCUAGCAGUUGUCGUUUCGACUAAAUCACGGAUGAUUAAACGAGACGUCUGACUCAGUCAACACUGUGGUUCUCCUAAAAAACUUCUUUUAUGUAUAAGGACCACCCUCACGGAGACGAUCAAGAUUGCUAAAAAACGACGACGUUUCGACGUUGGUUAAAAGUCAUUAUCAAGUAAAAAAAAUAUUUGUAAGUUGCAGUCUCUAUAUACCAAAAUAACAAUGGGUCAUAAAAAGCUAUACCGUAAGAAA